GGGCCGCGCGGCGCCCGCCGCCCCGACAGCACCGAGAGCUCACGAGGAAGCCGCUGCCGCCCCGGUCUCCCCCGCAGCCCUGCGGCGUCUCCAGCCGGCGGGACCGGGCUGCCCGUGCCCGUGGCGGGAGGAAAAUGGCUCAAGCUACUGCACCAGCAGCAUCCAUCCAUGAUGAGGAAUCCUUAGAAAGCAGAAUGGUCGUUAAAUUUCUCAUGUCAGGACUUGAGUCAAUGUGUAAAGAACUUACCAAGUCCAAGGCAGAAGUUGCCUGUAUUGCUCUGUAUGAAACAGAUGUGUUUGUAGUUGGAACAGAAAAAGGAAGAGCCUUUGUCGACUCUAGGAAAGAUUUUCAGAAGGAUUUUGUUACAUACUGUGUUACAGAAGAGGACAGGGCUGCAAAACUGCAGGAAACGAAGACUACACCAGCUGAAACAGGGGUAAACAAUCUGACAGGGGAUGUUGUAGACCUGGAGACUCUUAGAAAGUCUGUGGAGGACUUUUUCUGCUUUUGCUAUGGUGAAGCUUUAGGAAAGUCAACGAUGGUACCUGUGCCAUAUGAGAAGAUUCAGAGGGACCAGUCUGCUGUGACAGUGCAGGGCCUACCCAAAGGACUUGCGUUUAAAAAUCCAGCAAAUUACGAUGUUUCAACCCUGAAAUGGAUUUUGGAAAACAAGUCAGGGAUCUCGUUUAUUAUCAAAAGGCCUUUCCUAGAACCAGAGGAACACAUAGGAGCUCAUAUGACAGAUGCUUCACAUUCAGUUAUACCUCUGGGUGGAAGUUGUCCUCCUAUUAAAGUGAAGAUGGAGCCAAGCGGAGAUUCUGGAAUUUCUUUGGAAAUGGCAACGGUACCAGUCAAGGGGGAAUCAGAUGAUCCUGACUACCAUAGAUUUAAUAUCCCAGCAGGCCCUUCGAAGACAUCAGACAUGGAUGAAAAAUCUGGUCUUGCAAAAAGUUACACAGCUUCCUCCCAGCAGGACUCGUCAGAAACACGUGAGAAUCCUGAGGUCGAGGUCACUAUUGAAGAUGACGAUGACUAUCUGCCCCCUAACGAGAGACCAAAAGAUGCUCAGUCAACUAAUGGAGCUGACAAUUCUGGGAGAAGAAAAGUGGAAAAGUGCAAUGUUGCUUCCUCCCAGCAGGACUCAUCAGAAACAAGUGAGGAUUCUGAGGUUGAGUUCUCCAAUGAAGAAGAUGAUGACGACUACCUACCCGGUAACGAGAGACCGAAACGCACUAGGUCAACUACUGGAGCUGACAAUUCUGGGAGAAGAAAAGUGGAAGAGUGCAAUGUUGCUUCCUCCCAGCAGGACUCAUCAGAAACAAGUGAGGAUUCUGAAGUUGAGUUCUCCAAUGAAGAAGAUGAUGAUGACUACCUGCCCCCUAACAAGAGACCGAAACGCACUAGGUCAACUAAUGAAGUUGGCAAUUCUGGGAGAAGAAAAGUGGAAAAGUGCAAUGUUGCUUCCUCCCAGCAGGACUCGUCAGAAACAAGUGAGGAUCCUGAGGUUGAGGUCACUCUUGAAGAUGACGACGACUACCUACCCUGUAACGAGAGACCGAAACGCACUAGAUCAACUAAUGAAGCUGGCAGUACUGGUAGAAGAAAAGCGGAAGAGUGCAAUGUUGCUUCCUCCCAGCAGGACUCAUCAGAAACAAGUGAGGAUUCUGAGGUUGAGUUCUCCAGUGAAGAAGAUGAUGACGACUACCUGCCCUGUAACGAGAGACCGAAACGCACUAGGUCAACUACUGGAGCUGACAAUUCUGGGAGAAGAAAAGUGAGAGAGUGCAAUGUUGCUUCCUCCCAGCAGGACUCGUCAGAAACACGUGAGAAUCCUGAGGUCGAGGUCACUAUUGAAGAUGACGAUGACUAUCUGCCCCCUAAUGAGAGACCAGAAAGUGCCCAGUCAACUAAUGGAGCUGACAAUUCUGGGAGAAGAAAAGUGGAAAAGUGCAAUGUUGCUUCCUCCCAGCAGGACUUGUCAGAAACAAGUGAGGGUUCUGAGGUUGAGUUCUCCAGUGAAGAAGACGAUGAUGACUAUAUGCCCUCAUAUAAGAGACGGAAAAGGACCAAGUCGACUAAUGAAGCUGGCAAUUCCGAGAGAAGAAAAGUGGGAGAAUUCAAUUUUGAGAAAUGGAAUGCACGAAUUACAAACUUGAGAAAGCAAGUUGAAGAGCUGUUUGAAAAAAAAUACGCUGAAGCUAUAAAAGCAAAAGGUCGAGUGUCUAUCCCAUACUCACUCUUCCAGUCAACUGCGGAUGACUUACAAGUGGAAGGGCUGCCAGAAGGUGUCCCCUUCAGGCGUCCAUCCACGUACGGCAUUCCCAGGCUGGAGAGGAUACUUCUAGCAAAGGAGAGGAUUAAAUUUGUGAUUAAAAGGGAUGAACUUCUGAAUUCAACAGAUGUUCCAUUGGACAAAACAGCUAAAGGAGUCUCAAAUACAGGAAAAGAGGAGUGGCAUACCAAAGUCACCAAACUGAGAAAGAUGGUAGAUCAACUCUUCUGUAAAAAGUUUGCCAAGGCCUUGGGGAGCAGUGAGCCCAAAGUUGUUCCAUACAAGAAAUUUGAAGCUCAUCCAGCUGACCUCUAUGUUGAAGGGCUGCCAGAAAACAUCCCUUUUAGGAGUCCCUCCUGGUAUGGAAUCCCUUGCCUUGAACAAAUAAUUCAAGUGGGCAAGAGAAUAAAAUUUGUGAUCAAAAAACCAGAGCUGCUAACUCUCACUUCAACCGAAAUUAUUCAGCCCAAGUUGAACCCAAGAGAGAGAGAAGAUUGGAAUGCCAAGAUCACAAGCCUAAGAAACCAAGUAGAAGAGUUAUUUAGUACGAAAUUUGGCCAAGCUCUGGGGAUUUCAGAGACAGUGAAAGUUCCCUAUGCUAUAUUUGAGUCAAAUCCUGCACAUUUGUGCGUUGAAGGCUUGCCAGAUGGAAUCCCCUUCCGGAGUCCCACAUGGUUUGGAAUUCCACGCCUUGAAAGAAUUAUCCGUGCAAGUGACAAAAUCAAAUUUGUUAUUAAAAAGCCCGAGCUUCUCAAUUCCUAUUUGUCUCGAAAACUGGCUAAUAAAAAAUACACAAAAGCAAAGAGUCCAGGGAGUUCCAAAAGGUCGCGAAGUCCUGCACGCAAUUCAAAUGUCCCAGAGAUUGAAGUUACUGUUGAUGGAAGUCCUGAUAAAACACAAACAACAAGGACUCAAACUAAUUCUCAAACCAAUGGCUCCAAUAUAAGUUUCAAGCCACAAGGAAAAGACUUCUCUUUUCAGGCAUGGAAUGCCAAAAUUAGUGACUUAAAGCAGAGAGUCGAAGAUCUUUUUAAUGAAAAAUGUGGGGAAGCGCUAGGACUCAGUAAACCAGUGAAGGUGCCAUUUUCACUGUUUGAAUCCUUCCCGGAUGUUUUCUACGUGGAAGGACUACCUGAGGGGGUACCUUUCCGCCAACCUUCAACUUUUGGAAUUCCAAGACUAGAGAAGAUCCUGAGAAACAAAUCUAAAAUAAAAUUCAUUAUUAAAAAGCCUGAGAUGUUGGAGGCAGCUGUUAAAGAAAGUUCUGCUAGAAGCCCCUCAAAUGAUGAAAGUGAGCGACCGUCAAAAGUAGAAAAGACCAGACAAUUGAGAGAGCAAGUAAAUGAUCUUUUUAGCCAGAAAUUUGGUGAAGCCACUGGUAUGAAUUUUCCUGUGAAAGUUCCAUACAGAAAAAUCACUACCAACCCUGGGUGUGUGGUGGUGGAGGGGUUGCCUCCCGGCGUGGCGUUUAAAGCGCCCAGUUAUCUGGAAAUCAGCUCGAUGGAGAAGAUUUUGGAAUCAGCAGAACUUAUCAAGUUUACUGUCGUUCGACCAUUUCCAGGACUUGUGAUUAACAAUCAUCUGAUGGAAAAAGCUGAAGCAGAAGCAUCACCAACAGCAGCAGCCCCAGGACUACCAGAGCCAGCUGAAACAAGCGGAAUAGAAGUAUCUCUAGGAGAUAAUACAGAAAAAGAAGAAAAUUCUCAAAUAAAACAAGAACCACACCCAAUAAAGCAAGAACCAGACCCAAUGUCGUAGACAUCAUCAAUACCAGAAGCAUCCGGUUCUGAGAAGAGCCUGCUGGGCCUGUCUAGAGCUGUGUAAUAUAACUGUAUAAGAAAAGUAUCUUCAAUUCAAACCCUUUUGUAUAAGAGAAAUACCUUCUAUACAAACCUUUUUGUAUUUUUAAAUAUAAAUGUGUACUUUUUCAGCAGUUCUGUGAAUUGACUUAAAGCGAGAAAUGACUGUAGAUUUGGAAUGGCUGGUUUUACUUUGGAAUAUAUUUUAAGGACUAAAUACGAUGCAGCAAUGCUGGGGAGAUGAUAGGGAUUAAAAUGAUUACAGACUUAGCUGAGGCUGUCUACAUUUCUCAGUACAGCUGAAUUUCACCAUACCUGAAUGCAUCUCAGCUUUUUUAAUGAGGAAAAAUUUCUGUAAAGAGUUCACUAUUUUUACUUUGGAAGAAAAAAAAAAAUCAUUCAUUUUCAGUUACUAUUUUAAUGGUUGAUUGGACAAUAGUAUCUGCAUAUUUGAACUAAUUUUUCCUGUCAUACCUGUCACAAUUUAUAUGUUUUUCCUAAAUAAAAGAUAAACUGGUUCAUUUGAUGAUUAGUCCUCAUUAAUGAGAUGGACUGUGAAAUGGUCAGUAUUUCGGUGUUAAACCUUGUUAUAGUUUCUUCCAUUAAUUCAAAGUAGUAAGUGUAUGUUUUAUCAGAGUAUCACAAGUUUAUAUAUGAUGGGUUUGGUCUUGCAGUCCUACUGUAGGCAAUAGUCCUGUGGAUCUGUGUGAGAGCUUUUCUGAAGGCUGUGGGGAUGCCUUUCUGUUUAUCUAGAACUAGUUAUGGAAACGUGCUACAAGCUGCUGUUAAGUCCUACUAUGUCAAAAACUCAGGAUAUUCUGUGAUUCUGUGACUACAACAAUCAGUUGAAGUCCCCUGUAGUCCCGGUUACGCCCCACAUCAUGUAAGAGACUAAUGUACUUUUUUUUUUUUAAAGUUUCACAAGCCAUAAGACAUGUACAGUUCUGGCUAUAUGAUAAUCUCUAGAGAUGCAAGUUAUUCUAAAGGUUUCUCUUUUACUUAGGAUGACUGCAUUUUAUGCACAAAUGGUAAACUUUAUUCCCUGAUGAAGAAAUAAAGACUUUCCUGAUGGUUUUCAUGACUGUCCAUGCAGUAUACAUUUAUGUAUUUUACAGCAAGUCCUAGCAGUAAUUCUGUAGGCAGGUAGAACAUGCUGCAGCACAGUUCCUUCCUUCCAGCAAAGAGGUAAGGUCCUGUCAUGCCUUUGAGAUAGAAAUCCAGCUCUGGGUGGGUGAGGUGGUUGUAUCUUCAAGGAAAAUUUUGAAGCCUUAAAUUCAUUUGAGUAGAGUGUCUAUUCCCUGGAAGCAAUCUGAAAUGCAGCAGAUAAAUUCAGAGCAGCACAUGCUUGUGUUUUCACAAUUGCUCCAUGCAGAUCUAGGUGCUCCCACUCAAUUCUGGGACCUUGUGCUGGUGAUGUCAGAGGGGAGCAAGGUUGGCUUUGUGCUGAGGCAUUUUGAAAACACACAUCCUGUCCGACCUUCCUGCUCUCCAGCUGGUGGUGACUAGUGCUGAGCUGCCUUCCUGCCUCAGCAGACAGCCCCUCCCAGCCCCAUGGAACGAGCCCCUUGGUGCACCUUGUCUGCUAACCCAGCCUAUGGGUACUCUCCACAUUGUAACCACUAACACAUUUGCCUGCUGAUGACUCAAACAGACAGGCUCAGUUAAUGAACCUGCAGCAAUAGGUCAGGAUCAAGUUUCACACUUGCUGCUGGACAUGUUCAGAAUGAGGAAAUGAGCUAAUGCAGCUUUCUCUGGGUUUCAGCUGGUCUUGACUUCCCCUUCUAAAAAAGCAGAAGGACAGUCCAUCCCUUCUUCACACACUGCCCUCUUUAGGAGGCAUGUUUUGCACAGCUGCCUGUGGAGCAAGGCUGUGUAUUGCUGAUGGAGUUUAAGUGUUUACUCAAAAUGAGGGCAAGGUAUCACAGCAAAGCAACCGGGAAAAUAAAUAAUUCCAGGAUAUUGCCUUGUCAAGUGUAUAAUAGCAGAGUGGUCCUCCUACAACUUUGUAUGAAAGAAAAAUUAGGUGAAAGGGGAUGCAGUGAUUUUACUGGAAGGACUAAAGUCCUUAUGUGAUGCAGGGAGUUGGAGUGGUGGUGUGCAUCGUGUGGCCUGCUGCUGGGCAUGCAGUAAUGCUGAUGGGUGUGUUGGCACUCAACGCUGAAGGCUCAUUUUGGUCUCAGACAUUUUGAGUUACAUCCGGUAGAGGUAAAUUAGACUGACAAAAUAAUUGCACCAAUAUUUAUACCUUCCAAAUAUCAAUUUUAUAUUAAGAAAUUACCUACCUCUAAUCCUAACAGCAGACUUUGAAGAUGUUGACUGUGAAAAUCUCACUCAUUUUCAAACACAUGAGAUAUGUCACUCUUUAGGUGUUGAGUGAUAAUGCCCUAAAAAGCCCUGGUUGUACUAAUAAACAAACAAAUAAAUAAAAUUGCAACCA